AUGACACUGAUAAAAGAGUGUAGUAAGGUUAAAUUAUCGUAUAAUCCGACAACAAAGAUACAAAUUUUAAAUAAUUAUGAAGUUAAUAAUGAAUUAGGUGUUGGCACUCACAGUAAAGUUAAACUUGGUAAAAAUUUAUUCUCCAAUCAAACUAUUGCAUUAAAGAUAGUAAAUAAAGUUUUACCAAAUAAUGAAAUUAAAAUUUUACGAAAGAUAAAUAAUCAACAUAAUAAUUUAAUUAAAUUAUUCGAGAUUUUAAAUGAUCAUCAUUCUAAAAAGAUUUAUCUAGUAUUGGAAUAUUGUCCCUUGGGAGAAAUAGUUUGGUAUCCAAAUGUAACAACUGCAAAUAACUCAAUUGGUCCAGGCCAAUUUUCCUUCCAAAGGUGUAAAGAAAUUUUAAAAGACAUAACAUCAGGUCUAAGUUAUUUGCAUUGUUUAAAUAUUAUCCAUAGAGACAUUAAACCUUCAAAUUUAUUAAUUUCCGAUGACGGCACCAUCAAAAUCUCAGAUUUUAGCAUUUCAAUGAUACUAGAUUAUGAAACUGUCAAUCUAAAUGAUAUCUAUAUGACGGUAGGAACACCUUUAUUCUUCUCUCCGGAGAUUUGUCUAGGUUGUACAGAGUUCUAUUCAAAAUUCAAAAUUAACGUAAGAAAUAAUGAUAUCUUCUACAUGAUCGAUACGUGGUCAUUAGGUGUAACCUUAUAUUGCCUCAUUUUUGGUAAAUUACCAUUUAAUUCUAAACACGAACUAGAAUUAUUCAAUAUAAUAAUAAAUGACGAUCUUCAAUUUCCAACUUUUAACACUUGUUAUAACUUAUCAACAAUGAAAGAAUACGAAUUGAGCAAAAAUUUAUUAUCAAACUUAUUAACAAAAAAUCCAUUGAAAAGAUUUAAUACAGAACAAAUUCUAUUACAUCCAUUCCUCACUGAUACAACAAGCUUAUCAAUACAACCUCCACAAUUGUGCAUCACCGAUAUAGAACAAAUCAAUGGUACGUUCAACAAUUAUACUACAAAUGCAAAUACAACCAAUAACCUCAACAUAAUAGACCUACCGAUUAAUUCAUCAUUUGCAUCAUUAGAUAGUUUUUAUGUGGAAAACUUUGCAAUGUCAAAUUUUGAGUCCGAUAAUAGUAUCUUUAAGAAUAUUGCAGCUUCAAAUUUCGCAUCAACUAAAAAUUUAAUAAUGACGCCAUCAUCAAGCAAAUUAAAUUAUGCGGAUGAUAAAUCAAUCCUUUAUUCACCAAAUAAUGAAAGCUCAUUAUCAAUAAAAAAUAUUCCAAGUUUCAUAGCCUCAAUGUUGCCAUCAACUGGCACUGCUCCAUCUUUCCCACAGCCAAAACUCACAUUAUCAUAUCCAUCUUCUGAUUGUGAUGCAAAUAAUAACUACGAUUCUUCGGAUUAUGAUGACGAUGAUGGCGAAGAAUUGGUAUUUGAAAUCACAAACAGUAAUAGAAGAAGGACUAGAAUUGUUAAAAAUUCAAAUCAAACUGAUUCAUUAGAAAUGAAUGGUAAUGUAACAAGUGAAUUUAUCAAUAAAGGUAUAGCAUCAAUAUAA